CCACCGAGAGCAAAACCUAAAAAUGGUCGUUUGAUUCUCUCUCUCUCUCUCUCUCUCUCUCCUCUCUCUCUCUCCGUUCAAAAAUGCGCCGGCACAAGCGAUGGCCUUUGAAGCCUCUCGCCUGCAGCUUCAGCUCCUCAGCGGCGGAGAAAGUUACUACUUCAACGGCUGCUUCGGCGACGGCGGCUUUUCCGUUGAAGCAUGUGACGAGGUCGAACUUCGAGACGACACUGAUUGAUCUGCGUUCACUAAGUUCGACCGCUACGGACGUCAGAUACCUCAAAGUCAAAGACUCCGCCGAGAAAUUCGCCGUCGUUCAGUUCGGUGUCUGUCCCUUUCGCUGGGAUUCUCGCACUCAGUCAUUCGUUUCUCACCCGCACAAUUUCUUUGUAUUUCCUCGUCAAGAGCUCACAUUUGAUCCACCAGCUCAUGAAUUUCUCUGUCAGACAACAUCAAUGGAUUUUCUUGCCAAGUAUCAGUUUGAUUUCAACACCUGCAUUCAUGAAGGAAUAUCUUAUUUGUCCAGACGACAAGAGGAAGAGGCAAGUAAGCGUUUGGAAAUGCUACAUGGCGAGGAGGGAAUUGAUUCAUCGAGUGAAACUGAAGAUUUAAAGUUGGUGAGAUUGGCAGAUACUCUUUUCGCUAGUAUGGAAACUGUGUUUCACCAUAUGCGUCCAGCUCUCAGUCUGAAGGGUUUCACUUCUCAUCAGCUCAGAGUUAUUAGCUCGGUUUUAGGAAAGCAUUUUGGAGAUCUUGUUUACAUACAAUCAAAUGAUAAAGAUUCUUGUUCACAAGGCUUUGUUGUGUAUACUGAUUCAGAAUCCGACAAGGAAAAUCUCAUGAAGGAGGCAAAGGAUGAACGCAAGAGAUUGGCGAAAAGAAAAAUACAAUCUGCAAUCGGGUUCCGUCAAGUGAUUGAUCUGCUUGCUUCAGAGAAAAAGUUGAUUGUUGGUCACAAUUGUUUCCUCGAUAUUGCACAUGUAUACAGCAAAUUUGUGGGUCCUCUUCCUUCAACAGCUGAGAAAUUCGUCGCCUCCAUUAACAGUCACUUUCCUUACAUUGUUGACACCAAAAUACUCUUAAACGUGAAUCCAAUGUUGCAUCAGCGGAUGAAAAAGUCCAGUACAUCACUAUCUUCUGCGUUUUCCUCGUUAUGUCCACAAAUCGAGUUUUCUUCAAGGAGCUCUGACUCGUUUCUUCAGCAGCGUGUCAAUAUUGAUGUUGAGAUAGACAACGUUAGGUGUUCUAACUGGAAUGCAGGAGGAAAGCACGAAGCUGGUUAUGAUGCUUUCAUGACAGGUUGCAUCUUUGCGCAGGCAUGCAAUCAUCUUGGUUUCGACUUCAAACAGCAUUCGCAAUUAGAUAACUUCGCCCAGAACGAGAAACUUGAAAAGUACAUCAACCGUCUUUAUCUCAGCUGGACUAGAGGUGAUAUCAUCGACCUUCGAACAGGCCAUAGUAAUGCAGAUAACUGGCGAGUCUCAAAGUUCAAAUACGAGAACAUUGUCCUCAUCUGGAACUUCCCACGGAAACUUAAGGCUAGAGAGAUCAAAGAAUGCAUAUGCAAAGCCUUUGGCUCUGCUUCUGUCACCUCUGUCUACCAUCUGGAUGAAUCUGCGGUUUUUGUCUUGUUUAAGAACUCAGAACUCGUCUGGGACUUCUUAACGCUCAAGCGGCAGCUGGAGUCAACCGAUGGUCCAGUUUCGGUUCUUCACCCUUUAUCCAAGAUCCUCGAAGGAGGAAACACAGGAGCUGCAGACUACGAAGCUUACAAGGAGAUUUGCAGCUCACACAUCUCAAAGAUCCUAUUCUCUGACCAAGCUGAAACAGUUGGUGUCAAAUCAAGAACAAGACCGGACCCACAAGGCGAGACUGAGAGAAGAGAGGAGAACACAGUCGCUGUAACUCACAAAGCAUCGGAUUUGAUCGAUGCGUUUUUGGCCAAUAGAGAGGAAGUCGAAACUGCUACGACUAAUUAACUAAGCCAUCUAACAUUUUUUUUGUCAACGUGAAACGCAAUAAUUUAAUACAAGAUAAUUUGUUUG